AUGUUGUCGGGUUGCUCAAUUUAUAUUGAGCUUUUGUUUCUUGUGCUUUUAUCACAUUCUAGUAGCGAUGUACACGGGAUUACAGAAACAGCUGGUUAUGCGACCUCGUCAAAAUCUUCGGAGACAGAAGAAACGGAAGCGACUGAUUAUUCUGAUGACAUAAUUUUUCCAGUCAUGAAUGUAUCUUACAAUGACAUGACUGCCAACGGUACUAGUUUACCAUAUUUACCUACAACAACAACAACCGAUGAACCUAACUCGACAACAUGGGAAUCAGCCACUACAGUACUUCAAAACACAACAGAUCAUUCAAAUGAUUCGACUAUAGCGAUAGAAACAACGGAAACAGCUACAACAAUGGGAGUGACAACAAAGAAAUGGAGACAACAACACGAUAUAAAAUUUCAAAUUUUCUAUCACAGUCAGAAUAAACUGGUAAAAUCUUACGAAUUUACUGUAUCUAAUGCUACUAUUAACGAUAAUGAAAGUGUAUGUAGUGAACAUUAUACAAAAUUAUCACUCACGUUCAUACCAUAUGGACAAAACGAAGAGCAUAAGUGGACAUUAGUUCUUUUGUUUAAUGUUAUGGAACCAAACAAAACUUCAAAUGAUGCGACUACUGUGAGAUCUACUUAUACAUUGAACAGUUUAAUAUUAAAUUAUUAUAUGGAUAAGACUUUAUUUCCGGAUGCAUUGACACCAGGUCAAUAUGUUAAUGUGUCCAGUAAUAAUAUGGUAUUUAGAAUACCUGUUGGAUCAUAUUAUUCAUGUUUGAUUGUACCGGAAAUUACCCUGACUGGAAAUGAAAAAAUCUUUAAUAGUUGCAAGUUAUUUAUGAAAAAUUUGAAAGUAGAAGCAUUCAUGAACAAUUCUGUGGAAGCAUUUAUUGGAAACGAAACGUUAUGUGAUUCAGAUGUUAAUGUUAAUAAUAUGGUACCUAUUGGUGUUGGUAUUGCACUAAUUGUCUGUAUUGUGGUUGCCAUAACUGUAUUUAUUGUUUUCAGCAAACGCAAUCGUCGUAGUUACACUACACUUUAA